UAGAGAGAGAGAGGAGUGGGAAAGAGAAAGGGAAGAGAUGGACAGACAGAGAGGAGGAGAGAAGGGAUAUGAUGGGGAAGGAGGGGGGACAAGAUACCCUGGUCCAGAAUAUUUCCAUCUGAAGGGUGCCCCAGGGGAAAAUGGACUUCCUGGGCCAAAGGGGGAAAUUGGCGAGAGGGGUCAAAAGGGAGAGCCAGGACUGGGUCACAGAGGUCCAGAUGGUCAGGCUGGACCACCAGGACAGAAGGGCGAGCCAGGUGAACCAGGCCCCCCUGGGGCUCAAGGUAUUCAGGGUAUCAGCGGUAACCCAGGGACACCAGGUUCUCAGGGCCCGCGAGGGCACCCAGGUGACCCAGGAGAGCCGGGGAGAGAGGGAGACCGAGGCAGACGGGGGAAGAACGGAUCGCCUGGGACCCUCGGAGGACAAGGAGCACCUGGAGCACUGGGCCCGCCAGGCCUUGCAGGGACGAAGGGAGAGAAGGGUGACAACGUCCCAGGAGAACCUGGUGACAGAGGUAUUGCCGGGAUCCCAGGUCGAAGGGGUGAAAAGGGCAUCGCAGGUGUUAAAGGAGCAUUUGGACACGCAGGUCCAAAGGGGUUUGCUGGCAGUAAGGGGGAAAAGGGUGACAGAGGACUGCCAGGAAUUACAGGCGAAAGGGGCAGCCCUCUCCAGAUCCAAGGGCCUCGCGGGUACAAGGGGGGCAAAGGAGAAGGGGGAGCUCGAGGAUCUCCGGGUUUUGACGGAGAUAAAGGAGAGAAGGGCGAGGAUGGACCUCCUGGGUUCAAGGGCCUCAAAGGAGACGCAGGAACCAAAGGAGGCGUCGGGCCCUUCGGAGCCAGAGGUCCAGUCGGACAGAAGGGAGACAACGGGGAGCCUGGAGCCAAUGGUGUCGUGGGUCGCAAUGGUAACAACGGAUUGGAUGGAGAGAAAGGGGACACAGGAGACGAAGGACAGCAAGGCCAGAAAGGAGACCAGGGGGACAUGGGCGAGCCAGGGUUACCGGGAGACACUGGGGAGAAAGGAGAGAAGGGCUUCCGAGGUCUCCCUGGACGCAUGGGAAGUCUGGGGUUGGAAGGAGACAAGGGGGAUAUGGGCUUUCCUGGCACCCCUGGUAACCCAGGUCUAAAUGGACUGACUGGCCGGAAGGGUGACAAAGGAGAUGGAGGCCUAAAUGGCGUGGAGGGUUCCCCGGGGGUGAGAGGAGAAAAGGGGGCCACAGGUUUCGCCGGGUUCCCAGGGUUCAAGGGGUCUUCAGGGGCCACAGGGAUGGAUGGAGUGCAGGGCCGACCAGGGCCAGCAGGACCUAGGGGCUCCCCAGGACACAAGGGAGAGAGGGGCAGACGAGGUAGAGGAAAACCGUGCCAGAGGGGUCUUUCUGGCACCGCUGGACUGAAGGGGGAUAAGGGGUUGUUUGGACCGGACGGAGCCAAGGGAGACAAGGGAGAACCAGGCCUCUCUGUUGAGAAGAUGAAGGAGCUGGUCACACUGGAGGUGGUAGAGAAGUGUGGGCCAGACUACCAGCGGAUGGUUAAGUCCACAGGCUCUGCUACUGCCAGCUUGCUGGCAGGAGAUGGAGGAGCGCUGAGGGACGCAUCAUCCUUCACUCGCCGCCGGCCAGAGCAAGACAGGGGGGAGGAGGAGAGAGAGGAGAGAAUACUUGAAGGAGUGUUGGGUUCCACACCCGGCUCUCCUCCACACAUCCCUUCACAGGUGGAUGGGACCCCACCCCACGACAACCUCCCUGACUCUGGCCUGGACGGGGGUGUGGAGAGGGCUCGGAGGCGCAGGAGAAGAGUUGAGAGAGCGACAGGAUUGACCUUCGACCCCUGCCUGGAGCCGAUGGCGGAGGGGGGGUGCUCGGAGUACGCCCUGCUGUGGUACUACCACCCUGCCUCUAGAGCCUGCAGGCCGUUUGUGUACGGGGGCUGUGGGGGCAGCAGGAACCGCUUCGCCAGCAAGCAGGAGUGUCAGGUGCAUUGUGGGACGGAGAGGCCAGGUCUUGAGCCCAGAAGGUGAAAAGUGUCAGUCAAGACUUUUGUCUUUUUUUGUAAAUGACCAAAUGUACAUUCUUUACAUUUUUCUUUGAGUUGUAUUUCUCAUUUGUAUUUAAGGUAAACUAAGUUUAAUUAUCAGAUCAUUUUAAACUCACCAUUUGUUUGUGAUGAAUAGUUUUUCAUAUAUUAUUUGUAACUGUUUGGAGAAACUGUAUUUUUACUAAGGGUUGAUUUGAUUUAGAUUUAUAAACAUCACUGAUUAGCCUUGAGACUACUGAUAAAUCGGUCAUUUCACUGUAUAACACACACCAUAAUAAGCAAUGACACUGUGUACGUGAAUCGAUUUCACAAACUUGACUGUGAGUGUUACAAAAUAAAGUGU